AUGUCACACUUCUUCCCACCAUCAUCACCUGUUGCUGCUAAAACCCUAGGAAGUCCACAGAAAGAACUAGGAACGCUUGAGAGUUCUUCUGUGUUAACCCUAGGAAGAAAACGGUUUAACCACGAAAUAGAAGAGUACCCCACACCGGAUCCGUCAUCAAGUAUCGGAAGACAGUCGUCGCCUGUGAAAGAUACAACUUCAAAGUUAGAUGACGCCAACUCUACUUAUGCUCUCUCAUCCCCUUUAAAACAGGAAAAAAUUGUUGCAAAACCUAUCAAGAUCGAAUUGGAUAUAUCAGAUCCCUCUCGUUUAGCUAUAGGUAGAAAGAGAUCCGUUUGUAAUGUUCUCUUGCCAUGCAGGAAAAACAUCUCCAGGCAACACGCCUUUAUUUCAUAUGUCGCUGGCAAAAAUGAAAUAAAAUUGGAAUGCAACGGAACCAAUGGAUUGUUCGUCCAUUUACCUUGCUCCAUGGACUUGCACUUGAUAAAACCUUUCCCGACAAGGAACUUUUACAAGCUAAUGACAGAAGAUCCCACGACUUUGCAGAAUGAGAAGGGAUCCUUCACAAAGACUCUUCAAAAGAACCAUGAAUUCAUUAGUUUUGCCUUGGUGAAAGGUGAAGCUGUGACAUUUCCGUACAUCAAAGGGACUUUAAUAAACUUUACGGGCGCUACAGUUUGCCUCUCGUUGAAAGAAGUGUUACAUUCUCUCGAUCAUUGUAGCAAUAAUUUUGAUGAGGAAAACUCAACAGAAACAGAAGACGAAUUGUCUUUACUAUCAACGAAGAGUGACGAUUUCCCUUGGCCGGCGGAGACCCCUUCGAUGAGACUUAUUCCCGUUGCGCAUUCUCCUCGUACAGAACAGAUUUCCAAACCGCCACUUACUGUGUCUUCACUAUCCGCGAGAAACUCCCCCAUUACUCACAAAACAACACCACAAUCCUCUUUUGUUAUUCAUCAACCUUCUACCCCAAAGAAACUAAAGGGCAAGUUGAUUUCAUUGAAAAAUGACACUAUUCAGGAGACGCCCCUUCCUAAAGAUAAAGGGAUUGGACCGUUAAAUACUAAUAGUAAGUGUGAAAGUACUUUGGAAGGCCAAUCCUCUGAAGCGGCUGAAAGAAGAAUCGGGGAGCCAGUUUUAGCAAUUAUAGAUGAAACUCCUUCACAUAAACGUCGAAGGGCAUUGUUGAAUGGCAGUUCCGAAAUUUUCGAAUUGCUCACGGGAAAAGGAAUUCGAUGUGAUGAAUUAGUUCAUGUAUUGUGCAAUCAUCUUGCAUUCUCCAAUCUUCAACAAACUCCCCUAUCCCAAUUACAGAACAUCAAUUCAAACACCUCUCAAUUAAGCAAAGAUGAGUUGAGGGAAGUAUUGAAGACUAUUUCUUGUAUUGGUAUCAUUGUACGUGCAGGAAAAGACGCCUCUGGUAAAGACCUGGAGGAUGAAUACUACUAUGAUAUUGAAAACGAUGAUAACGGUGAAAGAAAGAUUUUAUAUAACUCCUUGAAAGGCCGAAGUCGAUUAAGAUCAUGUAGGAAAAAACAUAAGCAGUACUUUUGGAAAAAACCGAACAAAUGA